AUGGUUUCCAGGCGGAAUCUCACUUACAAGCAUCAGGUUGCUUCUAAACCUUCGUCGUCUUCUUUCCCGAGCGAUGCCCACGAGCAGUGCGCUCCUGUAGCUUCUUCUUCUUCUUCUUCUUAUCUCUCGAAACCACCCUCGUCGUCGUCGUCGUUAAAGCGCGAAUCAACGCCCCCUCUCUCUCAGCGGGUUUCCGAAUCCGAUCUCUUCGCCACGCUGCUGUUUGAUCGCCAGCGAGCGUACCAAAGGAGUUCUAGCUCGCGACUUGCAUCGGACGGAGCAGCGUUUGGUGGUGGUGGUGCUGCUGGUGGAGGGAAAAAAGAAUCCACACCCGUGACGCGGAGUUUUGCAGUGCCGCACCAAAGCUCACGACAGUUGCUAGUGGAAGGGUUGAACGGGCAAAUGGCGGCGGAAAAAGAAGACGCUUGUGCAAGUGAGUCGGGCCCGCGCAAAAGAGCUAUGUCAGCGGAUGAUGUGGAUGAGAGAAAGAAGCGGAAAAUGACAGCUCCAGUGGCAGAAGAAGGAGAAGAAGGAGAAAAAGAAGAGUCGGCGGCACCAAGUGAGAGCGAAGAAGAAAGUUCUUCAACUGGUGAUUCAAACGACAAGUGUGCUGCUGCGUCUGCACAUGGUACCGCCUCGCAGAGUUCUGAUGGCACGGCGAGGGUGGGUGAGAGGUCUAGUAGUGUGUCUACAGCGGAUUGGGCAGAGCAGCGGGAUGUCGUUGUGACGUCUGAUGAGGGCGAGGAUAAGGACAACGAAGACAACGAAGACGGCGAGAAUAGCAGCACUGAUACUGAAAACGACAACGGCAACGAAGACGGAAAAGAAGGCGACAACGAAAACGACAACGAAGACAAGGAUGACAACAGUACCAGUAACGACAACAACAAGUGCAAAGUCAAACAACCCGAUCUCGACAACAACAGUGAACCAGACAACAAUUUCCACGCCAGCUCUCCCCAGACCAACCACGCACAAGACCUCCAACACCUCCGCGACUCGCUCUCAGCCGCAAAAGCCCAACUCAAUGCUCUCAUCCAGCUGCAUGAAACAGAAAAGCGCACCUGGGACGCCCACCGCAAGCAAGCCGAGACGGAAGCGGAAACGCGGCACUCAGCGCUGCAGCGCUCGUUCGAAGCCUCGCAGUCGCAGCUCGCAGCUGUGCUCGCAGAAAACAGCGAAAAGGAAAAAGUCAUUCUAAAGCUUCGAGAGGAGGCGGCGGCAGCGGCCGCAGUUAAAGCCGUGGGUUCGUCGUCAAAGCAAGAUUCAUCACAGCCACAGCCACAGCUGCAGCAGCUGCGUAGUGAAAACAGCAAAUUGCGACAAGAAAACUCGCGGCUUCGAGACGCCGCGGCGCAACAGCGCCUGACGCCGCGACACUCACCGCCACCAAGUCACCGGGCGACGCUUUCGCCCGCGCCAUCAACCUCGUCGUCAGGCGUGUCGACUUCGACCGAGGAAGAGCGGAAAAUGAAUAACAUACGCAAGACGUAUACGAGUGUGAAGCUGAAAUUUGACCGGCUCAGGUCGAUAGCGAAGAAGCUGACGCUGUGUACGCAGUCGAUGGAUUUGAGUAGUUUUGGAGAGUUUGGAGGGCACUUGAAGAGGUUGAGGGAGGCGCUUGAGGAGGAGGAGCAGAAGAGGGUGGGUGGGGGGCUGGUGUAG